CGAAAAAAAAAAAUUGGAAUUGCAGAGCAUAGAAACAGAGCGAGGCACUCAAAGUAAAACACCGAACAAAGAAAGAUAAGCAAUCAGCAGUGGCGAGGUGAGCCAACAUGAGUUUUCUGUUCGGCCGUAGAAGGACUCCCGCAGAGCUUUUGAGGGAAAAUAAAAGAAUGCUAGAGAAGUCUAUGAAAGAAAUUGAUAGGGAAAGACAAGGUUUGCAGUCUCAAGAAAAGAAAUUGAUUGUUGAGAUUAAAAAGAGUGCCAAACAAGGACAAAUGGGUGCUGUGAGGGUUAUGGCCAAGGAUCUUAUCAGAACUCGUCAUCAAAUUGAAAAGUUUUACAAGCUUAAAUCACAACUUCAGGGCGUUUCUUUGAGAAUUCAGACGCUUAAAUCUACUCAAGCGAUGGGGGAUGCUAUGAAAGGAGUUACUAAAGCGAUGGGUCAAAUGAAUAGGCAGAUGAAUUUGCCUUCUUUACAGAAGAUAAUGCAAGAGUUUGAAAGGCAGAAUGAGAAAAUGGAACUUGUUUCUGAGGUAAUGGGAGAUGCAAUUGAUGAUGCUUUAGAAGGCGAUGAAGAAGAGGAGGAGACGGAAGAUCUUGUGAAUCAGGUUCUUGAUGAGAUCGGAAUCGAUAUCAACUCUAAGCUUUUGAAUGCACCUGCAUCUACCUCAGUCGUUGCACCAGCGGCAAAGAACAAGGUUGCUCAUGCUGAACCAACAGGAAAUGAUGAUGGGGGAAUAGAUGAUGAUCUACAGGCUAGGUUAGAUAACCUGAGAAAAAUGUGAUGUGUUCGAAUAUUUGGAGAAUCGUUUUAAAGAAGCAUGAAAAUGAUUGUAUAUGAAAUCAGGAUGUGUUUUAGUCACAUUUUAUUUUCCGGUUUGAAGCUAACUUAUUUAUGUAAAGAGUAAAUCUGAAUUUUACACGUUGAAUUUCUUAAAUACAAAUUGAAAGAGAUUUGCAAUGA